AUGUCUUCCACCACUGCUGCUGCCAGUACCAUCGCCCGAGGCGUGCAAAAAUUGUUCGUUGGCAAUCUGCCGUGGACAGUCAGCACGAAGGAGCUUAAAACGUACUUCUCCAAGUAUGGUCAUGUCCAGUCGACGAACGUAAUCUAUGACAAGACGACUGGAAUCAGUCGGGGUUAUGGGUUUAUCGUGUUCAGCACGCGCGAGGGCUUCACUAGCGCCACCAACAACCGGUUACACGUGCUUGAGGGACGUGUGCUGGACUUACAACCUGCCUCUUCUUAAUAAUAAGCGUAGGAAUAGUUACAUUUCGGAGGUUAUUAGUCCGUUAAUCGUCUGAAGACAUCCAAUGUAAUCGAACGGAUGAUUUCAUUGAAUAGAAUCUUUAUUU